UCAGUAGGCCCAAUGCACUGUGGAUCCUGACGCCAAAGUUCACAGUUAAUGGGAGCUGAAGGACUAUACUAGAGCUUUUUCCCUCCGUGCUUUUGUUUAAUAUCCUUCUUUCUUUAAGCUUUUCCUCCUCCACUGCAAAAACCAUGGCGACCAUGGGGUACGGACACUACCUUACCACCAUUUUCACUGCCAUGUUUGUGGGCUACACACUGUACUACUUUAACAGGAAGACCUUCUCCUUUGUGAUGCCCUCUCUAAUGCAAGAUAUCAGGCUGGACAAAGAUGACCUCGGGAUGAUCACUAGUAGCCAGUCUCUGGCUUAUGCUAUCAGCAAGUUUAUCAGUGGCGUGCUUUCGGAUCAGAUCAGUGCCCGCUGGCUCUUCUCCAUUGGUCUGUUCUUGGUGGGCGGCGUUAACAUGGUUUUCUCCAUGUCCUCUACUGUGGCUGUCUUCUCUGGCCUCUGGUUCCUCAAUGGCCUGGGCCAGGGUCUGGGGUGGCCCCCGUGCGGCAGGAUCCUGCGCAAGUGGUUUGAGCCUUCUCAAUUUGGAACAUGGUGGGCAAUUCUAUCCUGCAGUAAGAACCUGGCUGGGAGUUUAGGUCCAAUCAUUGCAACCGUGAUGGUCCAGAGCUACAGCUGGAGGACUACCUUGUCCAUAUCAGGCUUCUCCUGUUGCGUGGUUGCCUUUUUCUGCCUACUUUUGAUCAGGAAUGAACCCAAGGAUGUGGGCUUGCCCAACAUUGAUGCUGGCGGGGCCAAGAAGGGAAAACCAGACAUGUCCAGUGAUGAGACCACUUUCAAAGAGUUCAUUUUGUUCCCCUACCUUUGGUUACUCUCUGUGGGCUACCUGGUAGUGUUUGGAGUAAAGACGGCCUGCACUGACUGGGGGCAGCUCUUUCUCAUCCAGGACAAGGGCCAGUCAACACUCAUGGGAAGUUCCUACAUGAGUGCCCUUGAAGUAGGAGGCCUUUUGGGCAGUUUAGCAGCAGGGUACUUCUCUGACAAGGCAGUAGCGCAACAAGGCAUGAAAAGUCAUGGCAACCCUCGUCAUUUUCUCUUAAUCUCAAUGAUGAUUGGGAUGUUUGGUUCCAUGUAUCUAUUUCGGGUUACUGUCACUCCAGACAGCCCAAAGAUGUGGAUCCUCUUCUUGGGAGCUACUUUUGGCUUCUCAUCUUACGGACCAAUAGCCUUGUUUGGCUUGAUAGCCAUUGAGAGUGCUCCUUCAAACUACUGUGGAACAUCACACGCUAUCGUUGCUCUAAUGGCAAACAUUGGUGGCUUCUGCUCUGGACUGCCAUUCAGCACCAUCGCCAAACACCAUGGAUGGGAAAUGGCCUUCUGGGUGGCAGAGAUGUCCUGCCUAAUCACUACCAUUGGCUUCUUCCUGCUGCGAAACAUCAGAACCAAGAUGGGUCACAUCACCAAGAAGGCUGACUGAUUGCUACACCUCAUGAUCCUCUGCUGCAAAUAUUUGAUCCUGCUUAUGACCCAGGUCCAAAGUUACCAGCUUUCUCUGCUAUCUCCAAAGCCCCCUUCAAAUUCUGAUCAAAGAGUUCACACCUGUAACAUAAAGGGAAAAACAUAUAACCAUCA